UUUGAGCUGGCUUUCUCAGGGACUUCGGUCGCGGCUGCGCUCGUCGCGCUGCUGAGCCUGCUGUGGAUGAGCACACGAAGUCGCAAGCCCCAUCCGCCCGGGCCCAAACCCAAGUUCCUCAUAGGGAACCUGAAAGAUCUCCCUUCCAAAGGCUACGAAUGGGUCAAGUAUGCUGCUAUGACGCGCGAAUAUGCGAGCGACGUGCUCUACUUCACCGUUCUCGGCACCCCGAUGCUCGUUAUCAACAGCUUCGAAGCCGCCCGCGAGCUGCUCGACAAGAAGGGUGCACUGUACUCAUCGCGCCCACGCCUCGUCAUGAUCAAGGAGCUCAUGCGCUACGACUGGAACCUCCUUCUCAUGUCGUACGGGAAGACGUUCGUCGCGCAACGGCGCAUCGUGCAGCAGGAGUUCCAGCCUGCGGUCGUCACGCGGCUGCACCGCCCUGUCAUUGUACGCGAGGUCACCGCGCUCCUCAGUCGCUUGCUUGCCACGCCUGAUGUUGGCGGGCCUGCUAUGGUCGAUCACUUCAGGCACUUGACAGGCGCGAUCAUUAUGAUGACGACGUAUGGCCACCAGGCGACGUCCGCCAAGGACCGCUUCAUCCAGAUCGCAGAAAUAGUCCGCGAGCAUGCGGAGUCGCGUCCUGGCUUUGCGCUCGUGGACCUUUGUCCUCCUCUGAAGUAUCUUCCAACGUGGUUCCCGGGCGCGUCAUUUCACAAGCAGGCGGCUAUCGAGCGCGCAUUGUCAGUACGCAUGCGUUCGGAACCAUACCAGGAUGUGAGGGAGCGCAUGGCUACGGGAGAUGUUGUGUCAUGCCUGGCUACGCGCCUCCUGGCUCUAGACGACCUUCCCUGGCAAGGGACUGGACUUACUAAGGACGAGUUUGUUCGGGACUGCUGCGGGGACGUCUAUAGCGCUGGAGCUGAUACUGCUAUCGUCGCGAUGCGAAACUUUGUGCUCGCCAUGAUCCUGUUCCCAAGCGUGCAAGAACGCGCGCAGGAGGAGCUGGACCGAGUCGUCGGCCGAGACCGCCUGCCGACCUUCGACGACCGCGCCCAGCUGCCAUACGUCUCGAACGUCGUGAAAGAAAGCCUGCGCUGGAAGGCCGUGUCUAAUCUCGGCGUCCCCCACGCAACGCUCGACAGCGACGAAUACCGCGGGGGAUACAUCCCUAAGGGUACGACUGUGCUCGCGAACCUCUAUGCGAUGCUCCACGACGAAUCCGUAUACGCCGAGCCCGACGCGUUUAACCCAGACCGCUACGCGCCGACGCCCGCGAAGCCCUCCGGCGAGCCCGACCCCGCGCGCGCUGCGUUUGGCUUCGGCCGCAGGGUCUGCCCCGGACGGUACUUCGCGGACGACACGCUCUUCCUCACCAUGGCGUCGCUGCUGCACGUCUUCCGCAUCGCGAACGCAGAGGGCGUGACAGGGCCCGGCGUGGUGAAGGACGUGCACUGGAGCUCUGGGCUCGUCAGCCACCCGUCCCCGUUCCCGGCGAUGUUUACGCCCCGGUUUGGGGCGGCGGCGGAUGUGGUGCAUGCUGCUCAACUCUAACCUUGCGAGCGUGUUUGACAGCGGGCGGUGCAGUGUUUGUACGGCGCGCGGAUGGCUGCGCCCCGAUCUCGGGUAUGCAAGGUUUGGUGUACAUUCUAGUUUGUGCUUGGGCGUCCUGGAUCGGACUGUGCAGCUUUGUGGCGGCCUCACGCGGCUAUUCAUGUAAGUGUAUCGUCUGCCUAUGAGAGCCCUACGAUUGCAGACACAUAACAAUGACCACAUUUGCACGUC